AUGCUCCUUGAUCUAUUGCGGUCUUCCUUUCCUGAUGCGCUCUUACCAGAAUCAUAUGAGGAGUCAAAGUCUUUGGAGUGCGGGUUGGGUUUCAAUUACCAUAAAAUCCAUGCGUGCCCUAACGACUGCAUCUUAUUCUGGAAGGAAUAUGCCACGCUUAAUGAAUGCCAUGUAUGUAAGGCUUCGAGGUGGAUGCCAAAUACACACGGAUCACGCGUCAUACCUCAAAAAGUGUUGGACCAUUUUCCGUUGAAACCGAGAUUGCAGCGUCUCUUUAUGUCUGUGAAGAUAGCAGGUGAUAUCAGAUGGCUUAAAGAGCAUCGAGCAAUAGAAGAUAGUAGUAUGAGACAUCCGGCUGACUCUGAGUCUUGGAAGAAAUUUGAUGAACAUCAUAGUUGGUUCGCUGCGGAUCCUCGCAAUGUUAGGCUCAGACUAGCAAGUGAUGGCUUCACUCCCUUCAACAACUUGGCUAAACCUCAUAGCAUUUGGCCUGUGAUCCUUGUCCCAUAUAACUUGCCGCCAUGGUCAUGCAUGAAAGACCAAUUCUUUAUAAUAUCUCUGAUUAUUCCAGGGCCAAGGUCACCAGGGAAUGAGAUUGAUGUUUACUUGCAACCGUUGUUGGAUGAGUUGCUUGAACUCUGGGAAUAUGGGGUACCUACAUAUGAUGCCUCAAAUAAGGAGACGUUUACGCUGCAUGCUGCAUUGUUGUGGACAAUCAAUGACUUUCCUGCCUACGAGAAUCUCUCUGGCUGGUCAACAAAGGGAAAAUUAGCUUGUCCGUCUUGUAAUGCUGACACAGACUCCAAUUGGUUGAAAUAUGGCCGAAAACAUUAUUAUAUGGGACACCGACAUUUCUCACAGCCAGAUCACAUGUGGAGAAGGAGGAAAGGGUUGUUCAACGGUCAAGAAGAUCAUCGCAUGCCACCAAGGGAUAUGGGAGGAUACGAUAUUCUAACUCAAUUGCAGAUGAUUGGGGAUGUGACGUUUGGCAAAUCUCUUAGGAAGAGAAAACGUACUGCAGAAGAGCUGAAUUGGACAAAGUGCAGCAUAUUCUUCACGUUACCUUACUGGUCAACACUUCGACUUCGGCAUAAUUUAGAUGUUAUGCAUAUUGAGAAGAAUAUUGCCGAGAACGUCUUAUUCACUUUAAUGAACAGUUCAGGAAAAACUAAGGAUAAUAUCAAUUCAAGGCGUGACCUGGAGUUAUUGGGCUAUAGAAAAGAAUUACAUUUGAGGCGUGAAGGUGAUCAUGUAACAAUGCUGCAUGCACUAUACACAUUACAUGGAGAUGAAAGGAAGAAGUUAUGUGAGUGGCUACGCGAUAUCAAAUUUCCAGACGGGUUCUCUUCCAAUAUCUCGAACUGUGUUUCUACACGUGAUAGCAAAAUCACUGGGUUGAAAAGCCACGACUGUCAUGUUUUCCUUCAAAGACUACUCCCAAUUGCUGCAGGGGGGUUUUUAAAAAGUGACAUUGCCUUGGCUUUGACUGAAUUUAGCACUUUCUUCAAAGAGUUGUGCGCUCGCACACUGGAUAAAGUUCGCCCCUUGGGUAUAGCUUCCAAUGUGCAAUUAGAAGAUAAACUCUUUACGGCAGCCAUCUGGGAACACUAUGAGAAAUGUAGGGUGCAACACCCAAACAGCAUCGUGAGCAAGCAUCAAACUGAGUUUGCAACUUGGUUCAAGCACUGUAUCCAGGAACAUCGUACCAAGAAUCCACUUGAAGUGUCCGUUGAUCUGUAUGCGUUGGCUUGCGGGCCUGACCAUUGGGUUGCAUCAUAUGAUGCUUGCAUAAUAAAUGGAAAGCGGUUUCAUACGAAGGAUCGUGAACUUCGCCAGCAUACACAAAAUUCAGGAGUUUUGGUAACUAGGGACGAGGCCACAAAUAACGCAGACUUUUAUGGUUGUCUUAAAAAUAUCAUAGAGUUACGCUACAUGGAGUGGCAUCGGGUGUACCUAUUUGAAUGUGAUUGGUUUGACGUUGGUGAUCGAAAACGAGGGGUAAGGGUGGAUGACCAUAUGAUUAGUGUCAACAUGAGCAGGACUUGGUAUAAGGAUGAACCGUUCAUGUUGGCGAGUCAGGCUGAUCAGUGUUUCUACAUAAGAGAUUUAAGGGUGAAAGGGAAUUGGGGUGUUGUGCAGAACUAUACAAAUAGGAAUGUAUACAACAUUCCGUCCAUGUCGAGGAGUAACGCAGAUAUUAAUGAUGGCGAAUCAAGUACUAAUGAGGCCGAUCAAGAAAAUGAGUCAUCAUAUUAUUAUGAACUAGUGCAGUGUGAUAACUCUGAUCCAGUGUCAACUCCACUGGAUCAGCUUGAUAUACCACCUAGCCAUAUUGAUGCACGGGAAGUCAUGCAUGUGGAUGGUCAAUGCAUAGAUUCAUCCGACUUUAUUAAUGAUGACAUGAUUAAUUCUGGCUCUGAAGAUGCGUGUAGUGAGGAGAAAUAUUCAGAUGAGGAGGACCUAUCCACAGACAAUGAUGUUGGGUCAAAUUUAUAA